GAGAGAGAGAGAGAGAGAGAGAGAGAGUGGUGCCGCUGCCAUGAUGGGCACACCUCUCCCUAGGAAAGGCCUAGCAUAUGAGAUGGCUGAAGCUGAACUUCAUAAGGAGAGGCUCCAAGCCCUUGCGGAAAAACGGAAAAGACAAACUGAGAUAGAGGACAAAAGACGAGAGCUCGAUGAACUUGUUCUGCAACUUCAAAAUUUCAAGUCUAAAGCCAUGAGGGAGAGAUGGCUUCUUCAGGGGACACCAGCAGUACCACAAGAGGAAGAUGAAGGCCACAGGAAGCAAGUUGAGCAAGAUGAAUUUCACAUCAAAAAACUAGAAGAUUGCAUUCAGAGAUUGGAAUCAGAAAUCUGUGUUUUGGAGAACAAAGAAUCACAGAUUUCAGCUAAAGAGCAGGUUCUCCAAGAGAGACUGCAGAAAACAGAGAGAUCUAUUGAAGAUCUACAGAAGAGUCUUCAGAAUCAAGACAGAGAUGCAGUGAAUUACAACUACUCACAGAUCCCAGACCUCCCAGAAUUCAACACCCAAACUCCUGUCUCAGCUUUAGUGGAUCAACAACACCCAAGAAAAUCUGCAUUAUAUGCCAUGGAGAUCAACAUCGAAAAGGACCGGAAGAUGGGUACCACCAAGAUCCUCUCUGCCUCAACAGUCAGUCCGCAGGAAGCCCACCACCGGGGCAUCAAAGUCUACGAUGAUGGUCGAAAAGUAAUCUAUGAGGUGCCUUCUGGGGUGUCUACUAUGAUGGAGAAUGGAAUGCAUGCUUUGAGUUCCAGUGAGGUUGACGAAAUGAUGGAACAAGUUGGCCAGACACACCAGCUAGGUGAUGGGGCCAGGGUAACUGUCACAUCAGCUGAGCCACAAACAAUGGCAGGACAGUUGAGUUCUAAGGAGCAGAUGGUGCACAAGGAGGCCAAGCAGGACAAGAAACAAAUCCCCAGUAGAGCACUGCAAAGCUACCAAGGGGAGGUGACCGAGACUCCACAGGCAUCAGCCGAGAAACCAGUGACCAUGAUUUUCAUGGGCUAUCAAUGCAUAGAAGAUGAGGAGGAGACCAAGAAGCUCCUUGGCUUUGAUGGCACCAUCAAGGCUGAGAUUGUCCUUAUUGACGAGGAUGAUGAAAAAUCUCUUCGAGAGAAGACUGUCACUGAUAUCUCCACCAAUGAUGGCAACGCUGCAGACCUUGUGUCGGGGCGACCUCUGUCCGAUACCAGUGAACUUUCUUCAGAGGGAAAAGACGAAAGCUCGACAAAAGUCCAAAUGCCUACAGGCAGUGAGAAGGUGCGUUCUGUGCUGUUGACUACAGAGAAUGGACUAUAUCCUGCAGUGACUGCACAAUUUUCAGAUGCUCUGGAGCUACAUACACCCCAAAGGCUCUUUUCAGAGCCAAGGCCCAUAUUACACAGCGUCUUUGCCUUUGUACAAGGAGAGGAGAACGCUCGUGCUGCUGGAGAAGAGCCACUUCACUGGCAGAGUCAUAGCAGAGGCAAUGUUCAGCCCCACUCAUAAUCCAGAUCCUGUCGAGUUUACAGCUCCAACUCAGAUAACUAAACUGUCAUUGUCUGGUGGCAAGAAUUUAAAGGAAACAGUUUGGAGAGUCUGCACUAAAAUAUUUGAACAGAAUCUUUCAACUCAGCUGAACUGGUGCGGUAGGGGUCAGAAGACAGGCCUUAAAUCACGGCCUAUUCAUCAGGUACUCCUGAGUGCUGUGUUAAGAAAUCCUGCCCAACAAAAUUCCACUGAGGCAGAUGUAGAGAUGGCUGUAAGAAACUGGCUGCGGCUGAGCAGGGACAGGAAUGGGGGCGGCAAAGGCGGGGCGAGCAAGCAUCUUAAAGUGAAAAAAUUGAUUGGGCUGAUUUUUCUUGAUUAACUAUUUUGGAGGGGAUUUCUUUUUCUUUUCUUUUUUUCUUGUGUACUUUUCUGUGUGAUUUGUUGAGUGUUAAAAUAAAUGAUACUGCUUUUGCAAAAACAAAUUAAAAAAUAAAUUUUCA